AUGAACCUGAAGGAUGAAACGACAGCCAGGGAGCAGAUGUCAUUCAGGAGUGCUGCAAGGCAAGAAGCGCACUCUCAGAGUGACAUGAUGAGGAUUCAGGCGAACUUGGGGUCGAUUGAAGAACACAUCCAAAACCUACAGCAAUCGGAACUGCUGCUCGAUACUAUCGAGGACUCGGACGCGUCAGAAAGCUAUGACGAUUUCUCGGCAACAUUUAUAGACCUGAACAAUGAAAUGACCAGCGCGCAGGAUCGCUUUGAAACGCGGGUCCACGCUUCGCUGGAGGAGACCGAGCAGGAGUUGGAGGACUUGGACAUUCUGAUACAAGAUUCCUUGAAGAAAGUUGAGCUGCUGGAGACUUCCCUUGAUCAAUCUUCCUCCCUUGCUAGUUCACAGAAGAGAUCGAUCCUGAGAGCGCACAGUCCGUCGUCUCCUAGCCUCCUAAACCUGUCCUGCUCCCCGGUCAGGACUCAGCGAAGGUCGCCGGGGUCUUGUUCUCGUCUCUCGACGUCUUUCCGGCGGUCAAAGUCGGUCGAGGAGGAGGAGGAGGAUGCAAAGACCAUGAAACAGAGGCUGGAGGUCUUCUACAAGAAGGUCAACCCCUCCAAGGUAGUCCAGGUCCCCGGGGUCCUCGCUCGCUUCGAGGGGAGGCAAGAGUCGCUCAAGGCGCUGCUGAGGUACAAGUACGGCCGCAACCUUCCGAUCCUCUCCUCAAAGAACUGGAUGAGCGCUGAGCAGGUGGAGGCGGUGAAGACUCAGCUGGUCCUUAACUACUCGAGGUUCUGGCUGGGGGAGCAUCCGGCCGACGGGAGGCCCUGGGGGCUGGAGGGACGGCAGGGGCACUCGCCGAGAAGGGGGUCGCGAAGUCGGCAGGAGGAGGAGGAGAAAGUCGCUCGAGCCCUCAGCUCCUGCACGAUCGCGCGACGAGAGACUCUUCCUUGGGUCAGGAGGAGCCGCGAACUUGACGUUGGGUGCUGGCCCCCCCGCAAGGUCCACGAGUUCUUGUGGCAGCAGCUGGGGCCUGAGUGCGUCCAGCCCGGGACUCUGCACGCCUUGUACAAGCAGAUGGGGAUACGAGGGAGGCUGGAGAGGGACAACCUGAUCUCUGUCGCCAAUCAGCUCAGGAAGAACUUGGGGAUAGGUGACUUGUGA